AUGGCCUCCUCGUCGUCCUACUUCCUGCUUGCAGCGGUGGCGUUGGCAGCACUGUUUGCCGUCGGUUCGUGUGGCACCGAGCUCACCCUCACAAUCGGUAAGGACUCCAGCUCCACCAAACUAUCCCUCAUCACCAACGUCGCCAUCUCCGAGGUGUCGGUCAAGCCGAAGGGCGCCACGGAUUUUUCGGACGACCUCAAGGAGUCGCCAGCCAACACCUUUACCCUCGACAGCAAGGAGCCGAUCAAGGGACCUAUCUCCUUCCGCUUCGCUGCGAAGGCUGGUGGCUACCGUGUUGUCGAUGAUGUCAUCCCUGCUGACUUUAAGGCCGGUGCAGUUUACAAGACCGGCAAACAAGUCUGA